AAUCAAUUUACAUGCAAAAGAAGCUCAUUGAUUUGAAGAGCAGCAUAUUCCAUGUGGCAGUGGCACCUUUAAAGCCUUGUUCCACACUCAGCAUUCCUCACACUUAUUAAAAAAAAAAAAAAAACAAAGGAAAGAAAGAAAAUUUAGUGAGACAAAAAGGUCCUUUCCCAUUUCCGAUUCCAAGCUGCAAAUAGAAUCCAAACAGCAUCACGAAACUCGAAACAGUUUUCUUUUCUCUCUCUCUCUCUCCGUGUCUCUGAAAAUACACCAUGGAAGACACAGAUAAGAACAGCACCCCGCAAGUUCUAGAAGUCCUGCAAGCACUGAAACAAGCAUCACAAGAGCUUCAACACAAGCACGAUAACACAUCACUCGCCAUUAAAGCACUCCUGGAGCUCCACACUGAGUCCGAUACAAUACUCUCCAACGACCCAAACCUCUCUGCUCUCUCCCACCAUCUUUCCCGCCUCAAGCACCUCGUCGACCACAUUAACUCCACCACUUCCCGCCACCGCCCUCACUCCCUCCGUUCCUUCCUCUCCCGACGACUCUCCACUCACUCCAUCUCCAAGCUCGCCAACUCCAUCGAGUCCGAAAUCCAAGCAUGGAUCGACCGCGAGAGCAUCCACUCCCUCUCCCGCCACCUAAAUGACCAUCUUGCCCCCGACCACUUAAUCGCUCUCUUGACUCAGUUCCGUCAACGACUCUCCCAGGGUUUCAACCGCGACCUGCAGGACCUAGUUCUCAAGAAUAAGAUCUUCUCUUCACUCGAAUCGGUUCUCUUCGACGCUAAGUGCUCCCUCAAUGUUCGCGAGAACGCGGGGCUGGCUGUGGCGGCGCUGAUUCGAUUCAACAAGGACGUCUUCGUCGGCCAGGUUCUAAUGGGCCCUACCAUUCGAGCUCUGGUGGGUAUGGGCUCGCUGCGUUCGAUUGAGGCUCUCUGUUCUCUGAUCAGGUCAAUCAAGUCGCCGUUUGUGGACGAGAUUGAAUCGAACGGUGAGAUUCCCAACAUCAUUGGGCUUUUGGAUUGCGAGGAGUUGGAAAUGAGGGUUUUGGGGAUGGAAUGCGUGCUUGAGAUUGGGUACUUCGGGAGGAAGGAAGCGGUGGAGGCCAUGCUCAAGGAGGGUUUGGUGGAGAAGCUUGUGGAGCUGCAAAGGUCGGAGCUUGGCGGGGAUUUGAUCGAUUUAGAUCACGAGAAGAAGAAAGAGGAAGAAGAUGAGAAUGAUUGUGAUGAAGAUGGACAAGUUAGAGAAGGGAAGAGGCAGAAGAGGUUCUUGGAGGGACACCCUUUUGCGAGCUGCGUAGCGAGGUUUGCAGUUAUGCUGGAGGUUGGAGAAGGAUUGAGACAGAGAGAGAAGAGGGCAUUCAAGCAGGAAAUUCUCGUUAGGGUUAGGGAGGCUUCUGUUUCUGAUGCAGAAGCUGCCACCAUUGUUGCUGAGGUUUUGUGGGGCACUUCGCUUUAAGAAAUAUUUUUCUAUUUUCCUAUCUCUGCAUUUCACUUAAACUAGCUGCCAAACAUGGCCUAAAGAGACAGGAAGAAAAGAAAAGUUCUUAUUUUUGUCUAUUUUCUGUACAAAUUAGAUGUGCCAGGAAAUGUAGGAAUUAGGUAAUUGGAUUGUUCAAUUGUUAGUGUAGUUAAUAAUUUUGUGUUGAAUUACAUUUUGUAUAUCUUGCAAUUUGGGUGAAGAAUAAUUCAUGUCAUUGAGAUUGAAGACCAAGCACUUUCUUUGUUCUUGUUUGUUACUUAAUGUGGUUUAAGGAUUUUGGUAAAGGGGAAUCAGCAUAAUGGGAAGAACCGGAGAAGGAUUCGGAUGCAUAAUAUGGUGGGGACAAGUAAGGUGAGGUGAUGGCUGCUGAGGGAUCAAGAUUCUGUAUUAGGAUCGUUUUAUGGUA